AUAUCCUAACCCAACUUUUAAUGUUCAAUGUUUUCGCCUCAAAACACGUUUUUUUAAAUGAAAAUAAAUCACAAAACUAUGUAAAUAUACAAAAAAUACAUAAAUAAACUCAAAACUACGUCCAAAACAAUCAGAAACAAAGGUUAUGAUUCAAAAAUUACUAAAUAUAGCUUUGUACAGUGCUAGAACUUAUACCAGUGUAAAAUUUGACAAAUCCACUAUAAAAACCAGUAUAGUAUUCUCAAAAAUAAUGAGUAACUCUGAUACAAACAUUAAAAAACCUAGAUAUGACGGUAGAAGUAAGAAAAGGCAGUGGGAGGAACGUAGAUCUGAUAGAGACCCAAAAAAUCCAAAACAAGCUAAAGUUGACGGUGAUGGUGAAAUUGAGGCUUAUGACAGAAUAAGACGACGAAAAUUUGUUUUACUAUUGGGAUAUUCAGGGGUUGAUUACUAUGGAAUGCAAAGAAAUCCUAAAAUGAAGACAAUAGAGGAGGAGUUAUUCAAUGCACUGUUGAAAUGUGAAUUUAUAAAUAAAGAAUGUUAUGAUCAAGUGCAAAAUAUGCAUUUUCAGAGGGCUGCAAGGACAGAUAAAGGGGUAUCAGCUGCUAGGCAGAUUUGUUCAAUGAAAUUAGGUGAGAAUUUGGAUAUUGAAAAAGUGAAUAAAUAUUUACCUGAAGUUAUAAGAAUUUUUGCUUCCAAAAGAGUAACAAAGGGGUUCAACAGUAAACAACAAUGUGAUGGGCGCACUUAUAUCUACAUUUUACCCACUGUAGCAUUUGCCAACUCAGAUAAACCAAUUAAACAAAACGAAUACAGAAUAAGUGAGGAAAAAUUGGCUGAAAUAAAUGAUUUACUUAAAAACUUUGAAGGCACCAAAAACUUUCACAAUUUCACCUCAAAAAAGAAGUACAAUGACCCCAGUGCAAGCCGUUUUAUACGCUCAUUUAUUUGUGAAAAACCCUUUGUAAGAGAAGGUGUAGAAUUUGUUGUUUUAAAAGUUUAUGGACAAAGUUUCAUGCUACAUCAAAUUCGCAAAAUGGUUGGCUUAACUCUUGCUAUAAUAAGAGGUGUAGCCCCCAAAGAAACCCUACUACAAGCCUUUAAAAAUGAAAAAGUCUGUGUACCCAGAGCACCUGGUUUAGGGCUUGUUUUAGAUCAAGUUCACUAUGAAAGGUACAAUUAUAGAUAUGGAAAGGAUGGUAUGCAUGAAACUUUGACAUGGGAUGAAGUGGAAGACAAAGUGAAUGAUUUCAAGGAGAAAUAUAUUUACCCUACAAUUAUUAACACUGAAAUAAAUGAAGAAUCAAUGGUGCAAUGGCUUGAAAAGUUGGAUCAACAUACUUAUGAUGAAGAUGAGGAGGAUGAUGAUGAAAAAGAUGACAAUGAAAGUGAUGAUGAAGAAAGAAAAUAUGGUAAAGAGAAAAAAAGUGACAAAAAUGAAGUUGAUAAUAUUGAUGAUAAAACAUUAGAAAAAAUUAAUUAAAAAAUGCUUUUUUAGUAUGUUU